AUGGAUGAGGGCCAGACGGCAGCCACGCGCUACGAGGUUCUCGCCAGUGGCACGGAUGGAGCCCUCCUUCUGGCCUGCCGUCUCGAGCGCUCGGGACGCACCCACCAGAUUCGUGUUCACGCGCAUCACAUCGGUGCCCCACUCCUGGGGGACGAGAUGUACGGAGGCAGCCGAGUGGUGUCACACCCCGCCGCACCGAAGCGCGUGGCGCUGCACGCUUGGCGCUUCCAAGCGCCACAUCCCAGCCGAGCCCAAGCGCUGCGCUUGGAG